ACAAUUACGAGCAGGUCAUGGAAGCAGAGAAACUUGUUGAAUGCGCUAAUCACUCUUGGUAACUGCAGCACGAAGAUCAGUUCAGUUUAGUUCGUGUGAUUCUGUGAGAAACCUUCUUAAUAUUCUCUAGUAGCCAUUACCUUGAAACAAGAUGAAUAAUGGGAAAGUUCUUAUCUAUGGAGGACGUGGUGCUUUGGGGGCCACAUGUGUUCAACAUUUCAAAAACAAUAAUUGGUGGGUUGGUUGUAUUGAUCUCACGGAGAAUGCAAGUGCUGACUUGAACAUCAUUGUAAACCGAGAUGACGAUUGGGUUAGUCAAGAGCAAAGCGUACUAUCGAAAGUGGAAUCGUCAUUGAAUGGCGAAAAAUUGGAUGCUGUGAUUUGUGUGGCUGGCGGAUGGGCCGGUGGUAAUGCCAAGAAUAAUUUGGCGAAGAACUCCGAUCUUAUGUGGAAGCAAUCGGUUUGGUCCUCUGCCAUUUCGGCUACAGUUGGUGCCAAUCAUCUUAAAGCAGGUGGACUGCUCGCACUGACCGGUGCGAAUCCUGCUUUAUCUGCCACUCCCGGUAUGAUUGGUUACGGAAUGGCCAAGGCAGCUGUUCACCAACUGACCAAGAGUCUUGCUGGAAAGGACUCUGGGCUUCCUAAUGAUUCGUUGGUAGUGUCCAUAUUGCCAGUAACAUUAGAUACCCCAAUGAACCGGAAAUGGAUGCCGGACGCCGACUUUGGAACUUGGACACCAUUGGAAUUUGUUGCCGACCUCUUCCACAAGUGGACUAAAGGGGAAGAACGCCCAUCAAGUGGAAGCCUGCUGAAACUUAUAACAGCCGAUUCUAAAACAGAGCUAGUGUUGGCAGAAUAAGAUUAGUGAUUCAACGAACCAUCAUUCCAUACUAUGCUCUCUGUACUACACAUAAAUAUUAUCUUUAUAUAUGUUAUUGCUUGAUUACAAAUCAGUUCGCUUUUGCAAAUAAAACAAGCUAUGUGAUUUUAAA